UGCAAUAGCAUCAAUCUUACGAGCCUGGCUUGAUCAGUGCUCUGAGGAUUUCAAAGAGCCACCUGAGUACCCAUGUUUGCUGAAGUUGCUGGAUUACCUGAAGAUGAAUAUACCUGGCUCAGACCCAGAGAGGAGGGCUCAGAACCUCCUCGAGCAGUUCCAGAACCAAGAAUUGGAAAACAAAGAUGGAUUCCUUAACAAUCCCACCUGUAACCCAUGUGAUGAAGAGGAACUAGAGAACAGCAAUCUAGAAGAUUUCUCUUUUUUCCAAGAAGACCUUGUGGCAGAACAGUUGACAUACAUGGAUGCAGAACUCUUCAAGAAAGUUGUGCCUUACCACUGCUUGGGAUCCAUCUGGUCUCAACGGGAUAAGAAAGAAAACAAGCACCUGGCUCCUACCAUCAGAGCCACCAUCUCCCAGUUCAAUGCAGUUACCAGAUGUGUUAUCAGCACUAUCCUGGAGAACAGAGAAAUGAAAACACAGCAAAGAGCCAAGAUCGUUGAGAAGUGGAUUCAUAUUGCACACGAAUGUAGAAUCCUGAAGAAUUUUUCCUCCUUGAGGGCCAUCAUUUCAGCACUGCAGUCCAACUCCAUCUAUCGGCUAAAGAAGAUCUGGGCGUGUGUUCCAAAGGACAUGACGCUGAUGUUCGAAGAGCUCUCUGAUAUCUUCUCAGACCAUGACAAUUAUUUGACAAGUAGGGAGCUGCUAAUGAAGGAGGGAACAUCUAAAUUUGCCAAUUUGGACAGCAACGUGAAAGAAAAUCAGAAAAAGACACAGAGGAGACUACAACUUCAAAAAGAUAUGGGAGUAAUGCAAGGCACCGUGCCUUAUCUUGGUACCUUCCUCACUGAUCUCAUCAUGCUUGACACAGCCCUUCAGGACUCUAUUGAGGGUGGCCUGAUAAAUUUUGAGAAAAGGCGAAGGGAAUUUGAAGUAAUUGCCCAAAUUAAGCUCUUACAGUCCUCAUGUAACAGCUAUUGCAUGACACCAGAUGAAAAAUUCAUCCAGUGGUUCAAGAGACAGCAGCAUUUAACUGAGGAGGAGAGUUACAACCUUUCACGUCAGGUUGAAGCAGCUGCUGACGCUAGCGCCACAUCACCAAAAUCUCGGAAAAGCGUGGUGAAGAGAUUCAGCCUAAUGUUUCUGGGCUCUGAGGUGAUCGUCCAUAGCACACCCAUCAAAGAGCAACCCAAAUCUCCUCCAACUGGGAGCUCUGGUGAAAGCACAGACUCGGCCAGUGUUUCCUCGUGCGAGUUUAAUCACUCUGAAUGUGAAGAAGUCGCCAUCUCUCCUGUUGGCACUCCUGAUGAUUCUCACAAAAAGGUAUCUUCCUUCCCCGAAUCUUCCUUCCCCGAAUCUUCCUAAUCUUCCCCCCCCGAAUCUCCCUCCCCCGAAUCUUCCUCCCCCGAAUCUUCCUCCGCCGAAUCUUCCUUCCCCGAAUCUCCUUCCCCCGAAUCUCCUUCCCCGGAAUCUCCUUCCCCGGAAUCUCCCUCCUUUUCCAUGGACGUAUCUUCCUCGGGGGUGUCAUCUUUCAUCUCGACCCCUUCCUUGCUCUUCUCAACCGACAAGUCUCCAGUCUCCGCGACAGCCGUUACCUCACCAGCGGAGCCUCCCGUUUACAACCAGCAGAACAGAGAUAUGUGCAUCAUCCGCACCAGUGUCGAAGACGACAACGGCAACGUGUACAAGAGCAUCCUGCUAACCAGCCAAGACAAAACUCCUGCUGUCAUCCAGAGAGCUAUGCUGAAGCACAACCUGGAAUCUGACACAGUUGACGAUUAUGAGCUUGUACAGGUCAUCUCUGAGCAGAAAG